AUGAUAUCGACUACAAUAAGAACGAGAAUAUACAAAAUAAUAGAAGGGAAUAAUUUAAUCCUGGAAAAUGAAGAUAAUAGAACGAAUUUAAAAAACGUAGUUAAUAACUGUACUAUGAUAGAAAAUGCCUUACGGAAAAAAUUUAUGGAAUAUAGACGGAUACCCAGAAAUAAAUUAAAUGCCAUCAUUAUCGAUGUUUUAAAAAAAACAUUUGAAAAUGAAAAAACAUCCAAGAAGGAGAUUUCUGAAAUCGGAUACAUGAGAAACCGUGAGCAUCAGAUAAAUCACAAGGAUAGAGAAACGGUGGAUUAUUUAAAUGGAGAAAAGGAAGAAGAGGAGAAACAACAUGAGAAAGAGCGUGAAAAAGAGUUCAAGAAACAGGAUGAAGAGAAAAAUGACAGAGAUGCAAUGUCGAAAUGCAUAGAAGGAGAGGCAGAUAAAAAGGGAAAAGUGAAAACAAAAGGCAAAGCGUUAAGUGAAAAAAAAAGUCUCCUUGUACAAGGGAAGAAAGAUGAAAGUAAAAAAGUGAUGGAUAGGAUAAAAAUACGUAAAAGCAAGAAAAAUAUAAGAGAGGAAAGAAAUGCCCAAUUAAGGCCAUUUAAAGAGAAGGAAAAAUCUGAAAGGGACAAUUUGAAAGAAGGGAAUUACACCGCAUGUGAUCAUCUGAAGGAUAUUAAAAAAUCCAUCGAAGUAGAUAUAAAUUUAGAUAAUUAUAAAGGAAUAGAACAUAUAAAAAAGGAUAUUUUUUAUAGCAUAAUUUAUCCUUACAAAUAUAGAGAAGGCAAUUUCAGUACUAUUGUUAAUAUUAAUGGAAUAAGUGGAUCUGGAAAAACUACUUUAUCUCAUGCCAUAGCGGGAGAAUGUAAUUGUCCAUUUUUUUAUAUGAAACUACCAGAAUACUUAAAAUAUAUAUCCCAUGAUAGCAAAAAUAAUAAAAUUAAGAUCAUUUUUGAACAAAUAAAAAAUGAAUAUGAUAAAGCGAUUCUAUGUAUUGAUGACAUAGAUGUUAUCCUUUCAUCUAAAGAUGAUUCCAUAGAUUUGUAUCUUUUCACCUAUCUCUUAAGUCUCUUUGAUAAUUCAAAUAUUAUUAUACUUUUAUUAAGCAUCAAUAAACCUUAUGAUAGUACACUGUAUACAAAAAUUAAAAAUUUUAUAUCCAUACCAAUGCCUACAUACGAUGAUCGAAUGGAAAUACUUCAAUUCAUAUCGCAAAAAUAUUCUCUUAUCUUUGAUGUGAAAUAUGCUGCAGCUUUAACCUACGGUUUUCACCGUGGACAAUUGUAUGAUAUUAUUAAUGAAUCUAUGAAUCUGUGUAUAUAUAACAAUGUGCAAAAAACAUAUAACACUUGUUUAAGCCAAGAAAUAGUAGAAGAAAACGAAGACGGAAAAUCUAAUGAGAGAGAGAAAUAUGAGCUGCUAUUAUUAUCCAACUCGAAGGAGACUAUUAAUGACGUGAUUGAUGACCCCAUUUCUUCAACACAUUCGAAUGAAAAAAAUAUUUUCCACGCAAAUGGAAAAGAAAUGUGUCAAAAUAAGAGUAAAAACGACUACGAAAUUAAGAAAAAUGAUCCCUGUACAUUAUUUUAUGAAAGCAACAAAGAUGAUAAGGAGAAAAAAAACGAAAUAAAUCUAAAGAGGAAAGAAUGUACCGUAGAUGGUACAUUGUACAAUAUGAAGAAACCAAAAAUGACUUAUCAAAAAAUUGAUAAUGUGGUUAUUUAUGAAAGUAUAAAAAAUAUAAAAAAAAAAAUGAUUACACAGAAUAUAUGUGAAGUGCCAAAUAUCAAUUUAGAUAAUAUUGGUUCUUUGAAAAAGAUUAAAAAAAUAUUAGAGACGAAAUUUAUAUUACCUGUAAAAUAUGCAAACAUAUAUAAACAUUUGGGAAUAAAUAAAAGUAUGGGAAUAUUACUUUAUGGCCCCCCCGGAUGUGGAAAAACGAUGCUUGCAAAAGCUAUAAGUAACGAAAUGAAGGCGAAUUUUAUAGCUAUAAAAGGGCCAGAGAUUUUAAAUAAAUAUGUUGGAGAAAGUGAAAAAAAAGUUAGAGAAAUAUUUUCUUAUGCUUCUACAUAUAAACCAUGUCUAAUAUUUUUUGAUGAAAUUGACAGUAUAUGUAUUAACAGAGCAAACAAUAAAGCAGCCUUAGCAUCAGAUCGAAUUGUAAAUCAAUUAUUGACAGAAAUGGAUGGACUCUCUCAGAGAGAAAGUAUAUAUAUCAUUGCAACGACAAAUAGACCUGAUAUAAUUGAUAAAGCUUUAUUAAGAAGUGGGAGAUUUGAUCAACUUAUAUACAUUUCUUUACCUAAAUAUCAAGGAAGAAUUGAUAUUUUAAAAAAGUUAUCCAAAAAUAUGCCAAUACAUAUGGAUGUAGAUUUUUCCAAAAUUGCGCGUAUAACUAAAGGUUAUAGUGGUGCAGAUUUAUAUGGAAUUCUAAGAGAAAGUGCUUUUAUAGCCCUGCAACAGUGUAGAGAUAAAAUUUAUUUCUUAAAUUCAAAUAUGUUAGUAGACACAGUUUCAACACAGCCAUGUAAUGAAGAACAUAGGGUUCAUAAUGAUAAAACUAAUGAAUCUAUAUCCAUAAAAGGAAAAAAUGACAAAAAUGUUAUCAAUACAGAUAGUAGUAAUUGUAUGAUAGACUUUUCAGAUGAAUAUGCAAAAAUGUCUAACCAAUGUAGAAAUGAAAUUACAGAUCAUAUGCAACCUCAGGAUUAUACUCAAAAAGGUCUUUGUAAAAAUGACACACAUUUGAGCUCACCUCUUUUGAAUUCUACAUAUAUGCAUUCAUACAAUGGAAUAAGGUGUGAAUCAAAUGAGAUUAUGACGGACGCAUUACCACAAAUACUUGAUUCAUUGGAUAGAAGAAAAAAUAUUCCCUGCCAUCUCGUCACUACUGAAGAGAUAAACAAAACGGUAGACUUAAAAAAAGAGGGUGAAAUUCCCAAAACGGAAAAUAUAAUUUUGCAAAAUUUUAACCCUGAGGAUAGAGAUAAAAAAUUAUUAAAUAACGCUGAGGGAGAGAAGAAAAAGAAGAAAAAUUACUUAUUAUCUUACACAACAAAAGAAAGAAAAAUAAAAAAUACAAAUUACAAAAAUAGUGAUGACAAUUUUGUGCUAGAAAAUAAUGGGGUAUACAAAAUGAAUAAUUUAAAAAAUGAAACUAUAAACGAGAAAGAUAAAAAUAACUUAAUUUAUGAGUUUAUUCAAAAAAAUAAAAAUAUUCUCACAAUUAACCAAAGCCAUAUCAUGAUGGCGGUCAAAAUGGUCCCACGAAGCGUUAAUAAAAAACAGAUGAAGUACUAUAAAGAAAUAAGUAAAAAGUUCAAGUAG